CGCCUCCGCCACUCAACUCAUUCCCUAAGUCAAAAUUCUCAACUUGUUGAGCAUGAACCUCAGUCUCCCCCUCGUCUCGAAGCGAUGCCUGAGAGAAUCGAAUCCGAUUUCAAUCAUCCAUCUCGAUUCUCUUCUACUUUCGGCCACGAAUCGUUGCUUUGGCGAUUGGCAGUGGUUGCAGAAUCUUGACUUUUGCGCAGGAACAAGUUCUCGCUUUGCUGUAUUCCCUACUCUGCUUAAUGGAAAGGUGAAGGUGCACAUGCGCUGCGGUAGGGUUUUCGUUUGGAGAGUAGGACACUGGACAUUGUUGUCGCAAACCACUUUUUUCAAUCCAUUGACAUAAUUUUAUCAACACGUAUUAUUUAAUAUGGGGGGUUAUCAUAGCAAUGAGUGGAUUGAAAACUCACCGCAGAAUGACCCCUUGGUUGUCAUACGAAAUGGGAAGGAGAUCAUCUUACAGGCCUUCAAUUGGGAAUCUCAUAAUUAUGAUUGGUGGAGGAAUUUAGAGCGGAAAGUUGAUGAUAUUUCAAAAUCUGGCUUUACAAGUGCAUGGUUGCCUCCAGCUACCCAUUCAUUUUCACCUGAAGGUUACCUUCCACAAAAUCUCUACAAUCUCAAUUCUGCAUAUGGGUCAGAACACCUGUUAAAAGCUCUACUCAAUAAGAUGAAACAAUACAAAGUUAGACCGAUGGCUGACAUUGUCAUUAACCAUCGUGUUGGGACUACUCAAGGGUAUGGUGGAAUGUAUAACCGUUAUGAUGGAAUUCCACUGCCUUGGGAUGAGCAUGCUGUUACAUGUUGCAGUGGUGGUAAGGGAAACACAAGCACGGGAGACAAUUUUCAAGGGUUUCCUAACAUUGAUCAUACUCAAAACUUUGUUAGAAAAGACAUUGUUAACUGGUUACGAUGGCUAAGAUACAUUGUUGGCUUCCAAGAUUUUCGUUUUGAUUUUGCCAAAGGCUACUCUCCAAAGUUUAUAAAGGAAUACAUAGAGGGAGCAAAGCCAAUAUUCUCUGUUGGGGAAUAUUGGGAUACAUGCAAUUAUAGUGGCACCGAUUUGGAUUACAACCAAAAUAGUCAUAGACAAAGGAUCAUUAACUGGAUUGAUGGAGCAGGCCAACUUUCAGCUGCAUUUGAUUUCACAACUAAAGCAAUCUUGCAGGAAGCUGUGAAAGGAGAAUUCUGGCGUUUGCGAGAUCCUCAUGGGAAGCCGCCUGGAGUUAUGGGAUGGUGGCCUUCAAGGGCUGUCACGUUUAUUGAUAACCAUGACACAGGAUCUACUCAGAAUCACUGGCCUUUUCCUUCACAUCACAUCAUGGAGGGCUAUGCAUACAUACUCACUCAUCCAGGGAUUCCUGCAGUAUUUUAUGAUCAUUUUUACGACUGGGGAAAUUCAAUUCAUGACCAAAUUGUCAAGCUGAUUGAUAUCCGGCGCAAUCAAGGCAUAAACAGCCGCUCAUCCAUAAGAAUUCUAGAUGUUCAGCCAAAUCUUUAUGCUGCAAUCAUCGGCGAGAAGACUUGCAUGAAGAUCGGGGAAGGCUCUUGGUGCCCAGCUGAACGGGAGUGGACGCUUGCAACUUGUGGCACCCGCUAUGCCAUCUGGAAGAAAUGAGUCAAAGGGUCCCGCCGGGAGGCAGGCAGCAGGAAGUGUCAUACUCAUGCGUACCAUUUUAGGAUGAUGGACGCUGUAUCAAUGUUUUGGUCCUAUGUUUUCAAAUUUGCUACAAGUAUUCAGUUCAUGCUACGCUAAAAUAUUCACUUAAUGUAUCUCAUUGAUGCUUAUAAGCUGAUGUAAUUCUGCCUUUUUUUUUUUAUUAAAGACAUAUAUCCCUA